CGCUAGCCGUCUGGCGAGCAACUGACAGGCGAUUGCACCUGCAUAUUUUGUGGGUAUUAUUUUUCCAGGAGGGAUUUUUAUCUGCUCGUGUGGCGGAGAUUCUACGUUUGACGGAGAAAAAACGAUUGUAAGAAGUGACGGGGAAUAUAUUUCGUUGGAAAUAACAUCUCACAAGAACAUGGAUUGAUGUCGAUGCAGUGACAUUGGAAGUCAGAGAGGAACGGUGAAAAAUUGUUUUCUGAUAUCAGGCAAAGACAGACCCAAAAUUAUGUAGCGUGGGUUGCUGAAUUGGCUUGGCAACAGCUGAACAGUGCUGCUUGACUUGCGCACAACGGGUGUUAAACGGCUAAAAUCGUGCGGUUAGGUUCGAGCAUUAGAAGAAUUGCAAUAUUUUAUUCUUCCAUUUCCCGACGGGAUUUCUUUCCUCAUUAACAUGGAUGUACUCUGCAGUGUCGUUUUGGGCGCCAUUCUGUCUCUUUCCGUGGUGUCUCAAGUCUCCGGAGUUGGAGAAUGUAACAGCAAUCCAUGUGUUGCAGGGUUAUGUAGAGAGGUGUCCACUGGAGGCUAUGUCUGUCUAUGUCCUAAUGGCCAAAUUCAUGGUACCAACUGCGAGCAGCCAUUACCGAUGACGCGUACAUGUGGCGAGAAUUACUUCAGCCAGACGGGAACAAUCCAGUCACCCAACUAUCCAAAUGACUACAAUCCUGGUGACUACUGUGUCUACCUGAUCCAAGUUGUGGAGGCCCAAAAGAUCCGAUUCAACAUCAGUUCCUUUCAGUUGGAAAUUGAUAGCAAGGACCCAUUCGAGUAUGGUAGGGGGUCCACUGUAGAUCGCAGGCAAGCCAUUGCACAACUUGAUGGCAACAGUCAGGAGACCCAACCAGCUAACCUGCCAUACACCUUUGAUGUCAUUGGGAACCAAGCCUGGAUUGUAUUUAUCACUGACAAUAGCAACGAGUUUUUUGGGUUCAGCCUCACCUACAGGGCAGACCUUGACAGCUGCACCAGCUUCCCUUGUCUUAAUGGUGCUACCUGCACUGAUGGAGAGUUUACCUUCACCUGUAGCUGUGCAGUGGGCUGGCAGGGCAACACCUGCCACCAAAACAUUGAUGAGUGCACUAGCAAUCCAUGCCAGAAUAGUGGCACCUGUGUGGACUUGGUGAAUGGCUACCAAUGUCAGUGUGCUGCUGGCUACACUGGCUUGAACUGCGAGACAGACAUCAACGAGUGUGCAUCAAGUCCUUGCUUGAACCUGGGCCAGUGCAUUGAUGCUGUCAACAUGUACACUUGUAACUGUGCACCUGGUUGGCAGGGAGAUAGAUGUGAAAUUGAUAUUAAUGAGUGCAGCAGUGGCCCUUGUAGCAACGGUGCACAAUGCAGGGAUCAAGUCAAUGGUUAUAUGUGUAUAUGUACCCCUGGGUGGGAGGGACCUACAUGUGAAAACAAUAUUGAUGAAUGCUUGAGCAACCCUUGUGCUAAUGGGGCGACUUGUAUGGACAUUGUUAAUGGCUACACCUGUACUUGUGUCCAAGGAUUCACAGACCCUCGCUGCCAGACAAAUAUUAAUGAGUGUCUCAGUUUCCCAUGCCGUAAUAGUGGGAAUUGCGUGGAUGGAAUUAAUGGUUACACAUGCAUAUGCCGACCAGGCUGGCAAGGCGACACAUGCUCAGACGAUGUGAAUGAGUGUGCUAGUAGCCCAUGCCAGAAUGGUGCCAAUUGCCGCAACCAAUUCAACCGCUACCUUUGUGAAUGCACUGGGGGCUGGAGAGGAGUCAAUUGUGAUAUCGACAUCAAUGAAUGUAACUCAGCACCAUGUUUCAAUUCGGGAACCUGCAACAACUUGGAGAACAGCUUUUCCUGUACCUGUUCUUCAGGCUGGACAGGAACGCGAUGCGAAACUGAUGUUGAUGAAUGUACUUCCAACCCUUGCCAGAAUGGUGGGACUUGCACAAAUGAACGCAACCAGUAUCGCUGUACCUGUGUACCUGGAUGGGAGGGAACCAAUUGCAACCUGGACAUUAAUGAGUGUCUCAGCAACCCUUGUGAUAAUGGAGGAACAUGCCAGAAUGGGCUGAACCAGUACACAUGUGUCUGUGCCCCAGGCUGGGAAGGGACCCGUUGCAAUCAGAACAUCAUCGAAUGUGCUAGCACCCCUUGUCAGAACAGUGGUAACUGUAUAGACCUUAUCAACGGUUACCAGUGUGACUGCCUACCAGGCUUUCAGGGAACUCAUUGUGAAAUUGAUAUUGAUGAAUGUCUGAGCAAUCCAUGUAUCAAUGGUGCCUGCACGCAGCAGGUCAACAGAUUCACGUGUGACUGCAACCCUGGUUGGCGAGGUGUCAUGUGUGACAUUGACAUCAACGAGUGUGCCAGUAACCCAUGCCGAAAUGGAGCCACCUGCAACAACUAUGAAGCUUUCUUCAACUGCACCUGUGCUCCAGGAUGGACUGGUGACACAUGUGCUUCAGAUAUCGAUGAGUGUUUCAAUCAGCCCUGUCAAAGUGGUGCAACAUGUUUGAACCAGAAUAAUCGAUACCAGUGUAUUUGUCCUAGUGGAAGGAUUGGCACCAACUGUGAACUGGAUUUCAAUGAAUGUAACAGUAAUCCUUGCCAAAAUAGUGCAACAUGCAAUAACGGACAGAACCAGUUUACGUGCACCUGCCCCCCUGGUUAUGUGGGUGGCUUGUGUCAAAUAGACUCCAAUGAGUGUUCCAGCCGUCCCUGCUUUAAUGGUGGUACCUGUAUUGAUGGUGUGAAUAGCUACAUCUGCAGCUGUGCACCAGGCUGGAUAGGAGAUCAUUGUUCCAUUGAUAUUAAUGAGUGUGACUCCUCACCGUGUUUGAACAAUGGCACGUGCCGAAACCUGCAGAAUAACUAUGCAUGUGACUGUUUGCCAGGCUAUUCAGGCGAGGAAUGCCAGACAGAUAUUAAUGAGUGCGCAAGCUCUCCCUGUUUGAACGUGGGUAUGUGCACAGACAUAGUCAAUGGCUAUGUGUGCAUGUGCAGAGCGGGAUAUGGCGGGAUCAACUGUGAAAUGGAAAUCAAUGAGUGUGCCAGUACACCUUGUUUGAAUGGUGCCACAUGCAACAACCACUUGAACCGAUGGACUUGCCUGUGUCUCUCUGGAUGGCAAGGGACAAUGUGUGAGCUUGAUGUCAAUGAGUGUGCCAGUAAUCCAUGUCUCAACAAUGGAACCUGUCUCAAUGACAGAGACCAGUUUGUCUGUGAGUGUGAGCCUGGCUAUGGAGGCACUCGCUGUGAGACACUAAUUAAUGAGUGUGCUAGCAACCCAUGUCAGAAUGGUGGAUCUUGCACCGAUAUUCUAAAUGGCUACACCUGCUUGUGUGUUGCUGGUUACACUGGAGAGCAGUGUGAAUUAGAUUACGACGAGUGUUCAAGUAACCCAUGCCAGAAUGGGGGCAGCUGUUUCAAUGGACAAAACCAGUACACCUGCAGCUGCACAGACGGCUGGAGUGGAGUCAACUGUAACACAAACAUCAACGAGUGCGCCAGUGCUCCCUGUACCAAUGGAGGCACCUGCAGGGACUUCACCAAUUUCUACUCCUGCGAGUGUCGGGACGGAUUUCAGGGUAUAAACUGUGAGAUUGAUUAUGAUGAGUGUAACAGCCAGCCUUGUAAGAAUGGUGGAUCCUGCUUUGAUAGAGCCAGUGGUUUCACCUGCCUGUGUCAGGCAGGAUGGUAUGGGGCCACAUGCAACAUGGAAAUUGAUGUUUGCUUCAGCCAGCCCUGCAUGAAUGGUGCCACCUGUAGUGCGGAACCCAAUGGCGUGGUUUGUUUCUGUCCGGAUGGUUACGAGGGAUCACUGUGCCAGACAAACGUUGAUGAGUGUGCUAGUAAUCCGUGCCAAAACUCCGGUGUGUGCACAGAUCUUGUGAAUGGUUUCUCCUGCACAUGCAGCUCGGGAUACAAUGGUGUCACCUGUGAAAACAAUAUCAAUGAUUGUCAGCCCAAUUCGUGUGCCAAUGGUGGCCGGUGUGUAGACAACCUCAACUUCUUCACCUGCGAUUGUCUAUCUGGGUUCACAGGACCACGCUGCGAACAGAAUAUUGAUGAUUGUACAGGCAACCCCUGUCAGAAUAAUGCAGUUUGCAUAGACCAGACCAAUGCCUACACCUGUCAAUGUCUACCAGGCUAUGCAGGAGUGAAUUGCCAACAAGACAUUGAUGAGUGUGCCAGUAACCCCUGCAGGAAUGGAGGCACUUGUACUAACCUUGUCAACAGCUUCAUUUGUGUCUGUGCCUCAGGCUUCCAAGGACCCACCUGUCUGACACAGGUCAACGAAUGCGGUUCCAACCCAUGCUUGAACAAUGGUGUGUGUGUGGACUUGGUCAACUCAUACCGAUGUUUAUGCAAUGCUGGCUACACUGGACCACGCUGUGGGUCAGACAUCAAUGAAUGUGCCAGUAACCCUUGCCAAAAUGGUGGUGGUUGUGAGAACCGAGUGAAUGCUUUCGUCUGUCACUGCCAGGCAGGUUACAUGGGCAUAACUUGUGCCUCCGAUAUUUUGGAAUGUCUGUCCAAUCCGUGCCAAAACGGUGGUCAAUGUGUGGAUGGCAUCAACUCCUACACCUGCCAAUGUACAGAUGAGUACGUCGGUGCCCACUGUGAAAUCCCCAUUGGCUGCAAUGUGAUUUUCCAGUUGAGUCAGUGUGGUCACGAGACAUUGAACUCCCCCAACUAUCCGGGCAAUUAUGGUCCCAACCAGAGCUGUGCCUGGCGCUUCCAGACAGUUACUGGAAACCCUAUGCGAGUUAUCUUCCUUGAUUUCUCCACCGAGUUGGAUUACGACGUUGUCCGAGUAGGCAAUGGGGCAUCAGCAGGUGUAGGCACAGUUGACACAUUUUCUGGGGAGGGACUACCAAACAUUUUCACGACGGCAGGCAAUUUAUUCUGGAUGACAUUUGUCUCUGACAAUGCUAAGGAACAGCGUGGAUUCCGUGUUGAUAUCCAAGACACCUGUUACACUGGUACUCAGUUCCCGUGCCGAUCCAAUCCCUGCCUUAAUGGAGGUACCUGUGUAGCCCAAGAUGACAACACUUACCGAUGUGUGUGUGCCUCACCAUUCAUUGGACUCCAGUGUGAAACAGAUUCCUCCUCCAUUUGUGGGUCUAACCCCUGUCGCAAUGGUGGCACCUGUCUUGCAAAUAAUUUGGGCUUUGUGUGCCUGUGCCCUAGCAACUACGCAGGAACAAUGUGCGAGGAACCCAGGACAGCUUGUAGUAGUAACCCAUGUAAGAAUGGAGGUACCUGCCAAGUCACAUCAAAUGGCUUUGUAUGUCUUUGCCUAUCGCCCUACAUUGGUGCUCAGUGUCUUGACCGACCAUGUGCUAGCAAUCCUUGCUACAAUGAUCAACCUUGCAUAGAAGAUUCCUCUGGCUACACCUGUCAAUGUGACCCGUCCACUUUCUUUGGGGACCGUUGCCAAUUUAGAGUGCCUUGUGCUAGCAAUCCCUGCCAGAAUCAAGGCACCUGCAUUGAUGACCUCCAGACCAACUCUUAUCGAUGCCAGUGCCCCUUGUCUCAUGAGGGAGACCAGUGCCAGAUCCCAGUCGACAUCUGUGCAGAAGCCCCUUGCAAAAAUGGGGGUACCUGUACCCAGACGGGUGCCACGACUUUGUCUUGUCAAUGUGUGACUGGGUACUCUGGCCCCUACUGCCAGGCUGUCAAUGAGUGUCUUCUCAAUGCUCCUUGUCAGAAUGGUGCCACCUGCUCAGAUACACCCGCGUCCUACACUUGUAUGUGCCCUGAGCAGUAUACAGGACAGAACUGCGAGUAUUUGUCUUGUAUCACCAACACAUGUGAGAACCAGGCUACAUGUGUCACCAGCGGAAGCAGCAACAUUUGCCUGUGCCCAAAUGGCUUCGAGGGUGUCUUUUGUCAAAAUGACAUCAAUGAAUGUUUGACGAAUCCCUGCGAUGCGAACAAAGUUUGUCGAAACACACCAGGUUCCUACAUGUGCACAUGCCCAGAUGGCCUCGCAGGUGUCAACUGUGAUACAGAUAUUAAUGAGUGCAGGAGUAACCCAUGUCGUAAUGGAGGCACUUGUGUUAAUGGACAGAACAUGUACACCUGUCAGUGCAUCCCAGAAUACUCUGGAAAUAACUGUGAAGAUAUUAAUGAGUGCAGGAGCAACCCAUGUCGUAAUGGGGGUACAUGUUUUAAUGGACAGAACAUGUAUACCUGUCAGUGUAGCCCAGAAUACUCUGGGAAGAACUGUGAAGUAUUUGACCCUUGUAAGAGCAACCCAUGUCUGAAUGGGGGUGUCUGUGUCAACGCUGUGACCACUUACACAUGCAACUGUAUAGGAAUAUUCAGUGGCAAGAACUGUGAAACUGGGGAUGAAUCCUCAGGGACUUUUGGUGGUGUCCAGCUCCAGCCUUAUUGGAUUGCCAUCAUUGUUGGUGUUGUACUUUUAGUCAUCUUCCUCAUUGUGGUGGUUGCCGUUGUCUAUAACAACUGCAGGCCCAGACGUGACAAGUACCUCCAUCGUGUGGAUUCUGAGUCCCUUAGUAAGCAUCACCGUUACAACUAUGAUGCUGAAGAGGCUACACGCAUGCAUGGUGCUGAUGAACUAGAUCAUGAGACGGCCCUUAACCACUCUAUCCACAAGCGUGAGCGAAGCCCUGAGAACAACAACUAUGGGUUCAUGCCACGCAAUGGCAGCAGGUAUGCGGACGAUGAUGAACCUAAUUGGGUGAUGUUGAUGAACGGCGUGGCAAACCAUGACAAGAAGACACCCAUCAAAAGGUCAACUGUUGCUGAGGUCAACAGCUAUGAAAACCCCUGGCCAGUCAGCACAGAGGAAUUUGAGCCACCAAGAACCACAUUAUAGGGAUGCACAGCAUUUCUAGCAUGACUUUUUUUAAAGCCCCUUUGUUAUCAACUGUAAAGGUUACACUUUAGCUGAAUAAUCUGAAAUGUCUUAAUAUAUUCAAGCUUAAGUGUUAUUAGGUGGCUUAGAGGUAAAACAAAAAAGAAAACUGUUCUCAAAAGUGGUAAAAAUGAUCAUGAAAUCUGUCACAGCAGACCAGUUUGAAGCUAAGCCUGUGGAGCUUCUAGGUAAAUCUGCUCAGCAUAGAAUUGUGUUCAACUAAAGCUCAACAAGAACACGGUCAGAAUUUGUGAAGGGUUCUCAGCAAAGUGUUUUGCUUGGAAAUUUGUUAAAGCAGCAUUGUCAUAAUGAUAUUCAGUAACUUGACUUAGACACUUUUGAUAGACUUAGCAAAUUUGAUCUAAGCCCAGUAGUCAACAAGCUAUUGAUUUGUGAUGUUUUAUUUGCCUGCAUGCGCGUAUCAAAGUGAAGAUGUCUCUAGUAAAACUCUGGUCAAACAUUGUGGCUAUGGUCCUGGCUCCCUGCUGUAUUUUGUGCUAUGAUAUAUGUAGUCAUUGGUAACCAAUAAUACAGCCAACCUUGGUAUGGGGGUCUUCAAUAACCGACACCAGCAGCAUGCAACAAGAGUUAGUUCAAUUGUGAUUGACCACAGUUUGUGAUUAGACUUGCUUCUGUGGUGUAUUGAGUAGUACAAAUGGCAGUGGGAUGAUUUUAGGGGGGGGGCAGUUAAGAGACCAUCAGGCAUCAGCCAUUAAAAGGUGGAUUCAUUAUGCCCCACCCUUUUACAGGACCUGCAAAAAGUGGGGUACAUGUAAAAGUGAGUACAUGUGAAUGUAUCAAGUUUUGGCUGAUCUUAUUUGCACUUAAAGUCAGGUAUGAUGAACUGACCUUUUUAUGAUCAAAAAGCACUUAAUCUGCAAGGAUGGACAGGGUUUAAUGUCAAUUGCAAUAGGCUUCUUCAGCGUAAUUUUAUGACGACAUUUUUAUCAGUAUUUGUAGUGUUCUAUUACAGUACAUGUACCUUACCAAAACCUGUGAAAAUAGUGACUGUAACUUUGCUGUCAACAAAAAUGUCUAAAAUGCCUUUCAUGAAACAACAUUAACAAAUUGGGGGUAAAAAAGUGCACACAAUGAUACUAAGAUUUUAUUGUAGUUCAAAAGUACAUUUAUGGUUUAUCAGAUUCUAGUCUAUUCAGGGCUCAACAUCUUAUGGGGGAGGGGAGUUCAUUGUUCAAAUCUGUUGCUGAAGUCAGACUACAAUACCAGAGAAUUCUUCCUCCGUUGUGGUUUAUAAAUCAGAUUAGUGUGAAAUUUUUGAAGUGCCUUUUUGUAAAAAAUUUAAUAACAGCAGCAUUCUCUUUGCAGUAAAUUUUGAUUUCUUGAAUGUGAUAGGAAACAUUUAUGCCCGCUUUUUAGAGCUCUUGGAUACCUUCAGACAGUUCCACUUGGCAUUGUAAAGGAAAUAGUGAUUUGUUUGUUUCCAAGUUCGGGGUACUUAAUUUAAUGCAAUGUAAAUAUGUCAUAAAUGUUUGUGUGUUGCUUCAACUUUUGUAAAAAGUCUACUUAAUUUUACUUGUUUACGAGAAAAAUCUUUUUCCAUUAGUACUUUUUUGUAGCUAUACUGGCUGUAUUUUUAACCAAUGUAAUUGAAUUACAAAAUACAGGUAUUAGUUUUACCAGGAAAGUAGACUUUGAAUUUAGAACGGUCUCUUCAGAAAAAAUCCCACCAAAUAGAAUGGGUUGGUUUCUGUUCAGUGCAUACUCAAUUACUGUCACAAGAGACUUCAAACGUUCAAUUGCUUAUAUCCAAAUUCUUCAAUGAUUUGUAAGGGUUCAAGGGCAUACCAAUCACAAGCUUAAUCCACUUUAUACGAGUCAAAAUUAAUUAGCUUAGGACAAAUUUUGUAACCUGUGACUUUUUUCAGAGUGUGAUAAAUUUAUUCCAUUCCGGUACCCAGGCUCCAAGUACAUUGCAGAAACAUUGCAUUACAGUAACUGCUUGGUUGAGAUUCAUGUGCCAGUGACAGAAACCAGCUGAUCAGACGGUAUCCCACCAAUGUUGACAGUAGUUAGAGUGAAGACUAAUGUCCACACUAGCAAAGCUCUCCUCAAAAACAAACACUGUAGGUUGACUUAUACAUAGCACUUCUGCUGCCUUUACCUGAACCGCUUGAACAAUUUGGUUUGUUUUAUUACAUGUGUUCCUGUUAACAAAUCAUCUUUGUGUGGCAACUUUUACAUGCAAUUCCACUUGCUUUGAGACAUGCUUUCAUACAGAAAUUGUGAUUUUAAAUAAAAGCAAAGAGUGAUAGCACAACUGUCGUUUGACUUUGUUUA